AGGAGCGGAGGUGGUACCGAGUGAGCAGAAGGGUGGUUGGCUGCUUCUCAGUCGUGUUAUUCCCUGUAAAUGUAACCCAUGGGAGGCACACAUGGAUCAAAGGCACGGUGCCAACAGCACCGGUGCCGGCGUUUCACCUAGCUAGAUAUGGAGUGGAGCACUAUUCGACGGUACAUUGUGAAGACGCAGAAAAAGCCUUCGGGCGGGGGCAGCAGCAGGUAGCUGCAGGAUUCGGGUUGUUGGAUAUGGCAGCAGAUAGAGCAGAGCUGGACUGCAUUAUCAUCAUCAUCACAGUCUUGGGGAGCUCCAGCACCAAGCGUUAUCUGGCACUUGAGCAAUUAGUGUUGCUCCUAGAAAGGUUAUCCCCCCUGGCAUCCAGAUGAAGAGCAGCAAAGCCGGUUGCCAUAUCCUUGAAAGGAUCUGAAUGGGAAGUUGAGGGAAGACGACUUGCUUUAAGAUGACACGAACAGACCCACCUGACAUACUGGUUUCGACGGUGUUUCAAGACAUUACAGCAAGCCCAGCUCCUGGGGAUUCCCAAACUUAUCAGCCUUUCAGAGAAUGUAAAGAACACAUGUCCAACACUGUGGAAGACAACCAGCAGCACUUUAAUAAAAGGCAUUGCCGAAGCUUUGACUUUCUGGAAUCCUUGGAUGAGCCACAGGCUCUCGGAUCAUCAAUGGAGUAUCCAAGCAGAAGAAAUGAUGGUCAUGGAGUAAACAUUGACUCCUCAUGGAAUGAAGAGGGAAGACAGAAUCAACUCAGGUUAUCCAGUAAGGAUCAUUAUAGUUCCAGGCAGCAACACCAUGGCGGGGAGUCCGGUAGAGAAAAGUCAAAGGCAGAUCAAAAAAAACGGGCCAGAUCAAAAAGUGCUCCAAGGGUAAAAAAUACAUUUACUCCAGUACCAAUUGAUGUAUCUUCUCCACCACCUGUCAGAAGAGGACGUGAAGUACUUUGUGCAACCAGAGAGCCACCAAAAAGGGUGGAUGCUUCUCCUCGAAGAGAUGGUAGCCAUGCAUCAAUGAAGGCCAUGAUGAAUGAAGUCCAUCCUAUCAAACUACAACCACAGAAGACCACCUCUACACAUUAUUCCCCCCUUUAUGUUAGUGACUGCUUUGAUAUGAAUCAGGCUACCAAGACUGUUCCCACACCACAUGUGAGGAGUCGCAUUGAUAUAAAACCAGAUGAGUCAGUGCUUCAGCACACUACACAUAACCAGAGAGCUUCCAUAAGCAAAGUCGAAGUGCCAUAUUGGCCAAGGCAGCCAGGCAGUGUCAGUCUGUCAUUGCCAUAUAGCAAUCAAGUUUCAGUAUCAAGAACUCCUACCCCAACUGAUUCUUACAGUGGAGAUCAUAUGGUGAUAUACCCUAUUAACAGCCACAUCCCAAAUGAGUACUAUGGAGCAGACCACAAUGACUUUGCUUAUCAUACUGUUCCUUCCCCAAGGGAGAUUAGAGAAUACCCCAGCAGAGAGCGAAGAGCACUUUCUAGCCCAAAUGUGCCCACAGAGUUUUUCUUCACUGAAGAUCACAGUGGAUUCUCAAGCCCAAGCAUUCCCUUGAAAGCAACAUGCUAUGAGGAGCAUUUUCACUCGGUUCAAGGGCAGAGCAUUCCAUCACAAAUCUUUUAUGGUGACGACCGACUCAGAAGCCAUGCUCCUAAUAUUCCACCAAGGGUGUUUUACAAAGAUGCAACAAGAACCUAUCCUAUUCGUGAAGGUCACUCCAGGUCAUUUUAUGGUGAGGAUGUUUACAAUUACCCACCUAAAAAUGUCACUUACAGGACCUAUCAUGGCCAGGAACAUAGACCAUAUCCACUCCAGAACUUGUCUCCAAGAUCUUUUUAUGCAGAUGAGUAUGGAAGGUAUUUGGACCACAGUGCUCCAUCAAGGAUGUAUUUUCAUCCAAGAGUUUCACAGCCCCUGCAGUUUAGUGAAUGGCACAGUCCAGAUUCAAUUACAAUACCCCACCCUAGUGCACGGUUUUCUGUUCCACAAUCUAGGCGAGACAGCCUACUUUCUCCCUGGUAUAGUCACUAUGGUGUGGAACAGAGCAGGUUAGGAAUAGAUACCAGACAUUAUUCUAGAUCUUGGGACAAUAUACUUACCCCAGUGACUCCUCGUGAUGAGGUAGUAUCCCGAGGUAGAAGUUGUGAUAACUUACUGUCCCGGGAGAGACGUGCCUUUUCCCCUGAUGAAAGGCGCCAACCAGUUGUGGUGAACCUCUCUAGUUCCCCAAAACGUUAUGCUGCCCUUUCCCUUUCUGAAAACUCGAUUCUUGAAAAAAUGCAUUCAGACAGAAAGAAAAAAACCUUUGGGAGGUCAUGGUUUGUCACUCCUGAAAUAACAAUAACAGACAAUGACAUAAAGUCUGGAGGUUUAAAUAAAGCAGAGAACCGCUCAGCCAGCUGGGAUGUCCUUGACAGUGGAAAUGUCCGGUCACCUGCAGAUGAAAGGCCCUACAAUCUGAGUACUACCAAAGAGAGUCUACUGAAUGGCUCGACCCUUCAGCGAAGCAUUGAACAACUGGAUGAGCUGAUUGCAGAUCUGGUAAUUGACUAUAAGGCCCCAGCAGGCAGAAGGGCUAGUGACGGAGAUAAUUUAGUGGAUCAACUAAAAAAGUUAAUAAAUGAAAAUGAUUCUGAACCUCCAAAUAAUCCAGCUCCAAGGAAAGAGGUGAUAUCACCAGAUGAGGGUAAACCAAUGAAGCAACAGCCGGGACCCAGCCUCUUCAGCCCUGAUGGAUAUUCAUUGAUGAUAUCUUCUGACUCUGGUUUUCAGAAGUCAACAGAGGAAUGUUCUCCUGACCUCAGCACUGAUGAAGAUGAUAUGAUGAUGUGCUCCAAUGUUAAGUGUGGCCGAACAGAGACCAUGUUCAAUGCCUGCCUUUAUUUCAAGUCGUGCCACAGCUGCUAUACAUACUACUGCUCCCGGAACUGCAGGCGGGAGGAUUGGGAUGUUCACAAGGAAAACUGUGUUUAUGGCCGCAUUGAAAGCUCUUGCAGACAUCUCCUAAAGUUCUGCAGAGAUAAUACUGAAAUUCACAAGGCCUUUUCCCGUAUUGCUAAAGUUGGCUUUUUGUCAAGGGGGAGGGGUGUGCUGUUUUUAGGAUUUCCAAACCCUGGUUCUGCUCAAAAUUUUCUUCAGUUUGGUCUGGAAAGCUUGUUAAUGUCUCCCACUUACCUUUCAUUGAGGGAGCUAGAGGGAUAUUCAGACAAACUUGGAAAUUAUUGUAAAGGGCUGCAAGAAGCUGGAAAUCAGUAUGACCCAGAUGAAUGUUUUCUGUUGAAUGUAUCUGUUGCUGUGGGGAAAAAAGUGCCUGAGAAUCCAUCCCCAAAGUUUCAGGUCCCCACAGUCAGAAAAUAUGCCAAAGUGGCACUAGCAUCCUCCAGCCCUGAGAAGAUGCUGAAGACAGAGAAGGACAUGGAAACCUUGAUCCUAACUCCUCCACCUGGUACUAGUGAUAUUGACAAGGAAGGGGAGGAGGGAAGGAAGGCAAGGGAAAUCUGCUUCAUCAAUAUACAACGAGAACUCAGGAUAAGGGGAGUAUUUCUGCGCCAUGAGUACCCCAAAAUCUAUGAGCAACUAUGUGACUUUGUGGAGAAAAACAAGCGAUUUACACCAACAUGUAUCUAUCCUAUUGAUAAACGAACUGGGAAGCAGUUUAUGUGUAUGAUUAUGGCUGCUUCUGAGCCUCGAACUCUAGACUGGGUGGCUAGCCCCAACCUCCUAGACGAUAUAAUGUGAUCAAAAUGCACCUUUGAACAUAACUUAUACUCUAAUCCAUGAAUAUAUAUUUAUUAUAUAUGUGUUUGUAGAUAUGUAUUUUUAUUAUCAGAAGUGCUGAUUUAAUGUUUUACUGGUCAGUAUUACUAUUUUGUCAGUGAACGAACAUCUGAUUCAGGAAGGGAUCACUAACAACAAACAUUACGUCAUUCUUGGUGGUGGUGAACAGUGGAGAGGGGAAGGUAGCCCUAAGCCCACUUGGUCCUAGUAUAUGCGAAGAAGAGCUUUUUAUGUCAAGGGCUAUAUACCUCUUGAAAUAAAUAUGUACUUCAUGCAAUAACAGAAAGGGGCCCAAAUGUAGAUUGAAAGUGUAGGGAAAUUAAUUUAUUUUAGGGGGAAAAAAGUACUGUGCACCACACUGACUUUCUGAAAGUCAAAAAAUAUGAUAGAACUACAAUUUUGCAUAUUUUCACUGAGUGUUUGAUACAAGGGAUUGUCUGCAUUUCAUUUUAUUGAGCUUGUUUAUAAGUUUGCAUCUUUCAGUAAAUGGACAAGGCAGUGACUGUGUGUUAAAUUUUGAUUAGUUUAUGUGCAUAUGCUGAACAGCAGCAGUUUGUAUGUGAAUUGAGCUGUUUGAGUUUUGUCUCAAUGAGUUUUUUAACAUACAUACAUGAAUGUGCUUCGAAUGUGUUUAAUAGUGUAUGAGUAGGUGUAUAUUUUUGUGUGAAUGAUAUUUCUUAUGUGUAUGCAAGGAUUCUUAAAUGAUUAGCAUCUGAUAUGCUUAGUUCUCUGCCUUCUUAUAAGCUCCUUUCUUCAUCUGAUAAGAGCCAUCUAGUGAUUGAACCAAAGGCAGCCUAUAUUAUAUAAAAUUAUAUAUAAAAUGAUUUUAAGUUUUUUUUUUCACUUUGGUAAUCACUCUGUUCAUUUAAGUUGUAACAUAUAACUUGUAAUUCAUAUGCUUUGGACUUGUCUUGUACAAAAGGUAUCCAGCCCAAAGGAUAACUUGAUAGUCAUUUAACCACUGUG